AUGGAUAAGAUAUUCCAGGUGAUGAGGUGUCAGGAUCCUCAGAAGUUGUUGUAUUCGGUGUAUAUGCUGGAGGGUGAUGCCCAUGAGUGGUGGUGCAAUGUAUCUCGCCCUUAUGCUGUUCAGGGUAAGGAGAUCUCUUGGGCUUUGUUUGAGGGCCUAUUUCAUGAAGAAUAUUUUCCUCGUGAUGUCCGGGAGGCUAAACAAGGAGAAUUUGAUAAGCUGGUGCAAGGUUCAUUAUCUGUGGAUGCAUAUUUGGCCAAGUUCAAUGAAUUGGUCAAGUUUGCUAAUUAUGGGGGUACUUUGCCUACUCCGGAAUUUCUUUCUACGAAGUACCAAAGAGGAUUGAGUGAAAAGAUUGUGAAACGCAUGUCGAAUAUUGUUGUCAGGAAUUUUGCUGAUUUAAUGACACAGUUCAAGAAGGUCGAGAUUGUGCAUGGCAGGUAUCCGAAGUCUAAUUCUGCUAGAGAGAAAGAGAUGAGGAAGAACAAUAAUCCUUUUGGUUUUAAUUACAGAGGUGGUCAUCAGAAUAAUAAUAAUAAUAAUAAUAAUAAUAGAGGAAUGGGUUGCAAGUAA